AUGAGUACACUGACGGAAAAAAGCAAUAAGAUACUCGAGGCUUACUUUUUAUAUGCUGGUUCUUCAUGUCGUCAUUUGGGUAAACUAUCCCACCGACACAUGAUCCAUGUAGCGGAAAAUUCAGAACCAUUUGAGGUACUUUGCGAACAAACUAAGUUCGGAGGUGGCUGGACCGUGAUCCAGCAUAGGUAUGACGGUUCAGUCGAUUUUUAUAAGAACUGGAAGGAGUACCGCAACGGAUUCGGGAAUUUGGAUGGCGAGUUCUGGCUCGGGCUAGAAUACCUGCAUCAAAUUACCAAAAACCGACCCCAUGAACUGCUGGUGGAAAUGAAAGAUUUCCAUGGAAACUACGGAUACGCUAAGUAUGGAGAAUUUGAGAUAGGCAGGGAAUCUGAGUUGUAUGUGUUGAAGAAGUUAGGGACAUACUCAGGGUCAGCAGGAGAUUCAAUGCAGAACCACAAGAAUAAAAAGUUUAGCACAUUCGAUCGCGACAAUGACGAAUCGGAUAAAGGGAAUUGUGCUGAUCGUUGGCACGGAGCCUGGUGGUACUAUAAGUGCCACGUUUCCAAUUUGAAUGGACGUUAUCAGAACACAACAGACGAUGGUAGUGCGAUGGUGUGGGCCUAUUUAAAAAACGACAGGCGUGGUAUGUCUUACUCGCGAAUGAUGAUUCGCGACAUCAUUAAUUAA